UGCCAAAGCAGCAAAGGGCGUUGAGCGUCAGUUUUAGUAACAGGUGACUAAUGCCGUCUCAUGCACAGUUCUAUAUCUAGUGUCUACUGGAAGAAGAAGAAGGUUUUAAAGUAUCUCCAUUCACAGCUGGAAAAGUAGAGUAUAACACUUCUGCUGCAGCUCUCCUUGUUGAUAUCGCAUCUGACUCCUUCUUCCUCUACAGUAGAUAUGAACCCGUCUCCAGAGGUGGAAAACAGGUCUCAGAAUGCCGUGAGGAUUUCAUCAGUUGUUGUGGUCAAUAUAAUUUGGUGGAUGGUCAUGAUUGCAGGCAUUGCAGUGGGGGCUACACAUCUGAGCCGUUGUCCAGUACAGCCUAACAUCCCCAUCUACUUAAUAGUGAUGGGAGCGGCCAGUCUCCUUUCUCUUUCUCUGACCUACACCAGCAGCACCUGUACAGAUGGCGCAGUUCACAUCCUGAGCUUAGUCUGCACGGGCUUCCUGCACUUCUUCACUUUCUGCUGGUUCAUUGCAGGUAGUGUCUGGGUUUAUUCUGUAUAUCCUCCCAGCUACACACCAGGGGAGGCUCGAUACUGCCACAAGACAAUCUUCCAGUUUGCUUUUAUUGUCAUCACAGUGACUUGGGCGUUAAUGGCUCUCAUCUUCUUCUGUGGCUGCUGCUUCGGUGCACUGACCUGCUCUAAGACUGUGAUGGCGAGAGGCCGCUUGAUACCCAGCCGCACUUCCUUCUAUGGUGGGAUAAGUGAUUUUCAAGAACCCAUUGGUGGUAAAGUGUGAUUUAAAUCCCGGUUCAUGUCUUCACAGUGGUUUUUACAGGAGAGAAACAUUUCCCAAAUUUUGCUACAAGUAUUUAAACAAAUACUCUCAAAACUGAUAGAGGAUAGUUUUCUACAGUCUUCCUGUAAAGCUUGAAGAAAGAUGCCUUACUUCAGCUCAGGCUUUAGUCGUAUUUUUGCAGCAUUUUGCCAUGUUGGUUUUCUGUCACAGCUCACAAAUGCCAGACAAGAGACAGCUCUGUUCAGCGUCAUUAAACAUCAGGUUUUCUACACAGACCCAGUGUGGUUAGCUCUAACGUGCUGAAACCUCUCAUCACUGUCACACAACAGCGCUGUCAUGUCACUUGUUUCCUGUUUACACCAAUGACAAAUGGUAAACAUCUGAGCCAGAAGAUGUAAUGUUGUCUAGUUGGAACUAAUAUUGAUCUAGUACUGAGAUGGCAUGGACAUAGAUUUUAAUAUUUUAUAUUAUAAUCUUAUGUGUGACAGAUGUUUUUUUUUGUUUCCUGCAAUGCAAUGCCGUUUUUGACUGCCUGAAAAUAAAAGUUUGAUAUCUUGUUUGCAUCA